GGCCAUAGUGCUUCGCGAGAUCGUCGCGUGUGUGCGCGCGUUUAGAAGUCCCGUUCUCGUCUAUCUCCCCGUGGUAGAUCCCCGUGCGCGAACGUCCAGGCGAGUCACAGCGUAACGAACCGCGUUGAAAAUUGCGCGCAUCUACCUCGCGUUACGUCUACGAUCGCCGCAUUUCCUCGACGGAAUCCACGACGACGGUGACGAACAUUUUCGAUAAAGCAGUCAAACAUGGAUGUGCAAACAGCGUUUUUGUGUGUUGCUGUGGUUGUUAUUUCCGCUUUGUUUAUCUUAUGUAUUUCGACGUUCGGAACAAAAGAAAAAUCUUACGAAGAAGCCAUUGCCGAGCAGAGAAAACUUCCCGAUGACCUGUUGUCAAACAAGAAAGAUAAAAAUAAAGAGAAGAAGCAUAAGAAUAAAGCUGGAAAGAAAGUAAAAGAGAAGAAAGAAGAGAAAGAUGAGAAGGAUGAUAAAGAUGAAAAGGCUGAGCAUGUUCAGUUUGAAGAAACGCCCCAAAUAUUGCCUCCAGAACCACCAGUGCAGGAGAGUAACAAAGGCAAUAAAAAGAAAGGAAAGCUUGAAAAGAUCAAACCAAUCCUCGUAAAUAAAGACGAGCCAUUGGCUAUUGUGACUGAAUUAAGUUCUUCACAAUCUCCCUCGGCAGAGGCUAACCAUUUUGACAUCAUUCAUCCAAAAGAUGACCUUGAACUCGUACGGAGUCACAGUAAAGAGAAUCUUCAGCAGCUUACUCAGUCGGAAACGGCGGCGAACAAGUCGCCAAAAGAUACUCCAACUAGAUCGAAGAAGAACAACAAGGAUGUCGUAAAGAAGAAAGAUGAAAACGCUAAAGAUGAGAAGCAAGAGACUAACGUUCAAACUAAUGCAUCUAUCGUUACUAAUAAUAAGGAAGCAGCGAAGGAGAUAAAGGAACAGCAGAAAGAAACACCAGUUAAGGAGAUAAAAGAAGCUGUUAAAGAAACUGCAUCAAUUGUGCAGUCCGCAAACAAGGAGCCCAAGAAGACGAAGAAGAAGAAUGAUAUUUUAGCUCAGAUCGAAGGAGAUGCUGUCAACGUUCAACUUUUGAUGCUGUUUAUCCAGAAGGCAGAACUUAGCAGAUCUGAGAUACAGAUUCUCAUUGACCAUCUCUUAAAUAAGCAAAUGGACAACCCACUGGAGCAUUCUGAAUGGACGGAAGGCCGCGCUGAUCCCGUCAUUAAGCUGAAAAAACAAUUAGCGGAGAAGGAAAAGGCAUUAACCGAUGAGCACGAAAUCAGCAUGGCUUGCCAAAAUAAAUUAAAGGAAUUGCGGGCUGAACUAAAUGGAGAGCGAUCCAGGCUCUCGGCGAACAUCAGACAGCUUGAGGAGACAUUGAGCGCUAAAAUGACAGAAGCCCAAACUUCACACACACGAAUGCAACAUAUUCUGGAGAGUCACGCCGCCGAGAAGCAGGGUUUCGCCAGACAGAUCGAACAAUUGCAGGCUAAGGUGAACGAGGACACCGCUAUCAUCCACAAGAUGCAGGAGGAUCAAGGACAGACUCAGGGCCAUCUGCAACAGGAGUUGAUUACCCAACGGAAACAGAUGGAGGUACAGUUUGCUCAGAUGCGCGAUACCGAGAACACGUUGAAGUCGCAGCUCGCACAGAGGAACGUGGAGGUGCAGGAAUUGCAAAAUGAGCUCCAAGCUACCUGCGAGAGUAGCAGCGCAGAGAUGGAGAUGUUGCGUCAGCAAUUGGGAUUGAUGCAAGGUCAAUUGAUGCACUCGGAAGGGCAGUUGCAGCACUACAAGGAGACAACCGGUACGCUGCAGGAUGUCGCUAGACAGCUCGAUGAGUCCCGUCGCGCGCAGGCGGACUUGGACCACAGAUUGAAGAGUGUGCAACGUCACGAGCAGGAGCUGCAGAAACAAGUGAACUCGUUGCAGGCCGAGUUGGGUCUCGCGAAGAACGAAGCGAGCGAGACUCCUACUUUAAAAGCCGAACUUAGCAAGGUCCAGUCCGAAUUGAUCAAACUGAAGACGGAACUGUCAGCCACGAUGAACGAAGCGAAGUCGGAAGCGGCCGAAGUCACAGCCUUGAAAACCGCAUUGGGCAACAAAGAGGACGAACUGAAGAAAUCCCAAGGCGAGCUAAGCGCCGUGCAGAAUGACCUGCAGCAAUCGAACGCACAAGUCACGCACAUGGAAUCUAAAUUGAAUUCUGCCCGGAAAGAGUUGGACACGAUAAGGAUUGAGUGCGAGAAGGCGAAUCGUGAUUUGAAGGAAGCGAUAAACGAUGCGAACAAGUAUAAAAACGAGGCGCAGAAAACGCAAGAUGUACUGACUAAUGUACAAACGGAUUUGGCCAAUUCUCAUGCUAAGAUUAAGGAGAUUAACGAGGCUGCGAGCGCAUUGGAAGCUUUACAGGCUGAGAACAAUAGACUACGGGACUACAGCAGUAGACUGCGGGAGAAAGAAGCGGGAGAGGCCCAAUUGCAAAUUACGAAAUUUCAAGAGGAAAACGACAGACUGCGUGCUGAGCUUACGAAUGUCAUGGAACAGCAGAAGGAACAACAACAACGUGCUAAAGAUAUGUCUGCGAAUAUGUUAACUGUAACCAAACUCGAGCGUCCGGCAGCGGAGGGACGUGAGAAUGUGGAAGACGAAAGUCAAAAAAAUACUCUUCUGUCUUCGGAUCACGCAGUUUUGCAUCCAUCCACCGACGAGAAAGUUCUACUAGAUGAAUUAAAGACGCAUUUAGCACAGAAGGAAGAGCUUAUUAGGUUAAAUAAACAGAUAGAUAUGUUAAAAAGUGAUAUAAUUGAACGUGAUAAUGUUACUAGGCAACUACGGGAUGAUUUGGAGAUCCAAAAAUCUAAGAAUAAUGAAUUACGCACAAAGAACUGGAAAGUGAUGGAAGCUCUUUCUGCUGCUGAGUUGCGUGCCAAAUCUAGUGGUGGAAAGAGUAGCGAAGAAAUUAUGCAGAAAAUCAAAGUGGAACAGGAGGAAAUAACCAAGGCUCUUCUGCAGAGGAUAUUCCCGGAAAUUAAAGUAUCGGAGAAGACUCAUGAACAAUGGCUCAAAGUUUUUGAACAUAAAGUGUGCACCGUUCUAAAUGAGUCAAAGCAGAAAAGCACAACACUGGAGAAUCCAGAUUUAGAAAAACAAAAUAAGAAUCUGCAAGGGAUGAUUUCACAUUACAAGCAGGUUAUUGACGAAACGGAAAGUAUGCUUAAUAAGCUACAAAGUCAUGUGGAAUCCGAGGAAACGAGAUGGCAGGUUCAACUUCGGCAAAAGGAGAACGAAGUGGCCAACCUUAGAACAGAACUUAAGGAUAUUCAAAGCAAAGUAAACGAGCGAACGACGAUAUUCAACGAAGCAAACGAAAAGCUUCAGCAAAAGACAAUUGAGUUAGAAGCCAGAUUAGUCAAUGCCGAAUCUCUUACGGAACAGACCAACGCUGAAUUAUUAGCGCUCAGAUCCACGCAAAAAACUGUUUCUAGGGAGGAAGCGGAAAGUCAUCAGCUCGCUACUCUAGAAAAACUGCAAGAGGAGAAGACACGUUUGUCGCAGGAAUUGCAAACAGAAUGCAACAAAAGGGCAACGUUGGAUGCUGAAGUGACAAAAUUGCGCUCCCUCGUUGAAACCAGUGAAACGAGUUUAGCGCAAGAGAAGAGUCUUGUCACGCAACUUCAGGAGGAAGUGAUCCAACUCAAGAGUGAGAUCUGCGGUGGUUGCAGCAGCUCAGAACAAUCUAUGCUGAACGGGCCACCCACAUCAGAUUCUCUGCAAUCCGAGCCUCCUCUAGCGUCUCGAACUCUGAUAACUGCAUUAGAAUACAGAGAAUACUUCAAGAACACAGAGUUUGCAAACAAUUCCAUAACCAAGCCUGUCAAUUUGGUUCAGUCUGAACAAGAAAUUGAGAACAGCCCCCUUACUACAAAAUACUCCUCUAAAUCUUGUCAUAUGCCAGAUCACAACACAGAGGCUAGUCGGAAGCCAUUGAUUGGUCAGCAACAUAAAAAGAACAAGAAAAGGAGGAAGGGUGGUUCAGGAAAAAAAUAACUUCGAAAAAUAAGCUGCGCUAGUGCAAUGCGAGUACUGGUGGUUAAAAAGAAAAGAAAAUGAAAUGAAAAGAGAGAGAGAGAGAGAGAGAGAGAGAGAGAGAUGUGCAAGUGUGAAAUUGCAAUACAAACGCAGCACUACUAUAUA